UACAGACAUGCAGUCCAUGACGUGUUUGGGUGUUCUGGCCUUCCAAGUUGUCGUCCUGUUGUCACAGACAUAUACAGUGGAAUCACAGCUGCAAUGCGGAAAUAAACACUGCGAUUCUCAUCAUGACUCAUGUCAGCUUCACAACACCAACCACUGGCACUGUGCUGAUACCAAACACUGCCGCUCGAUAUGUGAUCCCCACCACGACGAUCAUGAAAACCAUGAGUGCUGUUGUCACACACAGGACUGUAUAGAUAAUUUUAAUCACCACCAUGCACCUGUAACCAUGGACCCUUUUGCAAACUUAGGCGUACAGCUAGUAUGCGGCGCUGAUAUCUGCAGUACCCCCGAGGAGCCGUUCUGCGUUUUACAUCACCAAGCAUUCGAGUGUGACCAUCAUUGCGACGAACACCAUAUGUGUCGACAAGAACAUCUCGACCCUCACGGAAAUCUCCCGGACUGUUGCUGCAAGACUCAAGCGUGCAUCGACUUCGUUAAUAGUACCUACCAUGUUAAACUUUCCGGUGUAAAAUGUCCAGAUUGCCCCAACGUGCAGCAUAACGACUGUCAUGGAGAUCCACAUCACCGCUGUACUCCUCAUGAACUAUGUAAAGCGAUCGUCGACAGUAAUGGUAUCGUCUCAACUCGCUGUGAAAAAAAAGUCGAUUGUCUACGAGAGCAAAUGGGUAACGUUUUCACCUCUUCCGACAGGAAACAGGUCUGCUGUGAUACACAGACUUGUUUAAACCAAGCACACAACGCCAUGAGCGCAACUACCACUGCCGCCCCUACGAGUGCAGCCACGCCCGCAUCAUCGCCCGCAGCAUCGCUCACUACGAACAUGCCCACAACUACGGCCACGCCAUUCUACUGUCCAGUCUGCACGGACGCAUUCAAUGGGAAUUGUUCACAGAAUGCAAUAUGUGCGCCGAAUGAGGGCUGCAUGUUACUCGUUAAUGCAGGCAAGCUACAGACUGGAUGUAUAGAGCUAACCGACUGUAAAUACCACGAGAGGAUAGGUGACAGUGUUUGUUGUACUGACAAGAAUUGCACCGAUCACGCGUUCAAACGAAUGACCAGCGCAUCGUUCACCUGUCCGACGUGUCAAAGCGCACAAGACCCACUGUCUUGUAUGAACUUGCAACAAAAAUGUUCUUACCUCAGCAAGGGAUGCAUGGUCACACAUUCUCAAAGUGGUCUCUCAUCUGGCUGUAGCACACAUACUAAGCACUGCGAAGUAGCAGAGGCUGCAAACUCGUUGCUGUGUCACGUGCACCCAAUCCCAUUCUCUUACUCACCUGGACUUCAAUGCAGCUUUUGUUGCCAUAACAAUGAUAGCACCUGUAUGAUAGACGCCUUGGGGAUCCAUGAUGUAACACCUGCACCAACAGCUGGAACUUCAGGUUGUGUUGACCACGAUGACGCCACCUUCUCCUGUACAGACUACGACAGACUGUAUGGCAUGUGUUCCAGUACCGAUCCAAUGAUGAUGCACCUUGUCGAUACCAAGUGUCGUAAGACCUGUGGAAAAUGUCCAGUUUCUGCUUUCCAAUGUGUGGACAAAAUCGGCACAUGUGCUGGAAUGGCAAGCUUUCUAUGUUCUUCCACGGAUCCUUCCUCACAGACGUAUGCCAGAGAAAACUGUGCGAAAACGUGCAACCUCUGUGUUACAGCAACUACAACGACCGCUGCCCCCUGUGUAGACACAGAUAACACGUGCUCUGGAAUGGCUAGCUUUCUUUGUUUGAGUGCUGAUCCUGUUUCUCAGGAGUACGCCAAAGAACAUUGCGCGAAGACAUGCAAUCUGUGUGGCGCAAGUUCUACCCCGUCCCCGACAGAGUGUGUGGAUCAUGACCUAAACAGUAACUGUCAGACACUGGCCAACUCACUCUGUACCUCACAAGACUCCCAUGUCAGAAACUUCGCCAUUGCUUCCUGUGCUAAAACAUGCAAUUUGUGUACAGAAUACAUUCAACACCUUGCUGGACUGACGGUUCCAGCGAUGGGAUAGAGAAGCUGCGGAUUUUUUUGUAUUGUAACUGUUAUAUAUAUUAAAAACGCAAUCAAUAUC